AAACAUCAAUACAGAAGGCAGUAACGACGUUCCAUAGACGUCCGUUCUCUAAUCGCAAGUCGGAGGAGCCAUACACCAUUAUUGUACAUUUGGGAAAAACCAAACGUUAUUUUAGGACCAUCAUCAUGACGAAUUAGCUGGUAGAGAUGAUAUGAGAAUUAAGAAUUCAAGAAUAUUUUUACAGUUUUUUUAUAAAAUGGAUGAAAGGCACAAGUUUAUUCUUCAAAAGAACAGAAGAAUAAUUGCAGACGACCUUGACACUGACAACAUUAAUAACUAUCUGAUUCAAGAGUUUAUUUUCACACCAGAUGUGAUUUAUAAAAUACGUGAAAGAGGCACUCGAAGGGAACGCACCGAAUUAAUGUUGGACUUGUUGCCUAAUCAAGGGGAACGUGCAUUCUAUAUAUUUUUGAAAGCAUUAAGCUUUACUUACCCUCAUUUAUAUGAGACUCUCUUGCUGGAUGAUAGGACAGUAUUCAAUGUUCCACAGCAACCGGUCCAGUGUUCUGAGAACCCAGUUGGGAAGUCAGGAAAUGUUGAGAAUGUGCCACCCAUGCCUUUUAUGGCAAACCAGACAGUUCUUGACUAUGGCCAGAGGCAAAUAGCAUCUCCACAAGCAAGAGUCACUGAGAGAGACUUAGCGCGGAUAUCUGCCAAGCUAAGUGGAAACUUCAGCAUUAUUGCUGGUAUGCUAGGCCUAACGUCUGCAGAACUCUAUCAGUGCCAAGUACAGCAUCAGCACUCCGUCAAAGACCAGUAUUUUGCAAUUCUGUAUACGUGGAGGCGUAAAAAUGGCUAUGGGGCCAGCAGAGCCAAUUUGGUGGAGUUGCUGAGAGAAAUGAAUGUAGAUUGUAGUGUCUAUGAAUUUAUGUUUUAAGUGUGCUUGUACUCUAUGUAAUGAAAGACAACAUUAAGAAAUACUAUUACUAACAAUACUGUACAUUUAAAUGUAUUUUGAAGGUGAUUUCCAGAAAAUAUUUAUUAUAUUAUUUAAAAUUUUCAUUAAUUUUUGUUGAACGUACAGUAUACAUGAAACAUUUUGGGGUUACGGUAGAAGCGUUCUCGUUCGCGGCCCUGUUUUAACUAAUUCUACCAAAUCAUCCAGGGGUCCCAAGUUGCCCUCAAGCUUCUCCCAGAAAAUAACCACUUUCCCUCAAAUUCAAGAUGUUUUUAACAACUGAAUUAAGGCCUGUUUAUACUUCAACGAUAAUGAUAAUGAUAAAAAAGCUAGAAAGCAAUUGUUCAUAUAGAAAAUAAAA